UCAUCCAGAUUAAAAAAGCCUCUAUCAACCAUCACUUUCUUAGUGAUGCAUGGAUCAAUUUUACUAUACGGUGAAGUUAAUUAAAUUUAUGAAGAAUGGGUUGCAUGUAUGAGGACCUAGAGCAAAACAUACUUAAUCCAGUUACUUGGUUGUGUAGAUCAUUUAUUGAAUGAAUUCAUUUGAAAGUGGAGCCAUCUUACAGAUGAUGUUGUAAAUCAUGAAAAUUAUCACAACCAAAACGUAAAGAUGCCACUGGAUGUAAAUUAUGGUGAAGUACCUUAUUUUUCUUAAUGAUCCUAUUUAACAAUUGAGGCAUUCAUAUUAUGGGGACUUCCAAUCACAUGUUAAGGUGGUGGUUCAACAUGUGUAGUCAAGGUUGGCAAUAGGAAAGCCUAAGAUAUUGUUGAUUGAAGUUCCAUUAACUAGGUGUUGAAGGUUAUGAAUUUCCUGAAAGUGUCUCUGGGUUUCUGCUUGCUUUAGUUUUUCAGUAUCAAAUAUCAAUAGAGCUUAAUAGUUAUUUUUCAGAGUAGGAGAGGUUUAACCCAAGUGGAUCCUGUUUUUUUGGUCUAGCUAUGGAGGUCUUAAUUGGUUUUGUGACCAAAGCAAGUCAAGAGGUGAAAUAAACUAAGCUGGAUGUGCUAAUACAACUAUAUAUGCCUACUCAUGGGAGCCCUUUCCCUCACCUUUCCACACAGUAGCAAAUAGGCAGAUAUCUAUUUUAGCCAUCUACUUUCUUAAUGAUCACAAAGGAAUCUUAAUCUAUUAAAGACAAAAAAUGUGGGAGAAAACUUAUCAAAUUUAUCAAUAAUAGGUUACACAUCUGAUAGUCUUGACUUAAACCCACUUUUCCAUUUGUCCCAAAUCCUGUCAGGCAGCUGUAUGAUGGGAUUUUUCUGCUUGAGAUGUGGCUUCGGAUCAUCUCAUACUAGAUAUAGAACUGCAGAAACCAAAUUCUAACAAAUUAGGAAUGAUGAAAAAAUCAUCUAGUGAUCCUUACAACAAGGGUUAUAGAACUACAGAGACCAAAUACUAACAAAUUAGGAAUGAUCUUGUCACAAACUAAGUUGCCAGCAUAACAAAAUUAUGGAAGAGAACAUAUUUAUGGUUUCAAAUUAUACUUGGGCUCCCUAUAGAAAGGCCUUUACAGGUUACAAAGUCCCACUGGAAGAGAAAAGCAAUAAUCAUGCCAGAAUAUAAUUAAAAUAGAUCACCCCAUGUAACUGAAUGAGGAAUUUAUAUGACAUAAGUUCUCUCAUCUUAAUAUGUGGCUGCAGAAGUCACACAUGUAAAGUAAAACGAGAAAGAGGGGAAUAAAUAACAAUUAGGGAAUAACAAAGAACAAGAUAAACACAGAACUAAGAUCCUUCUGGAAUUUUUUAUCAUCUAGUUUUGAGAAACUUUGUUAUUGAUCAAAUCAUACAAAUUGAAUAGAUCAAUUCCGUGAGGAGGGGCUCUUUGAACAGGCCAAAAAUGUCAAUGUAAAAAUAGCUACAGCAUCUCCAUCGCCAAAAAUGCAGUGCCUACAAAGUCAUUAGGACAUGUUAUCGGCUAUGUUUAGGAGGCGGAAACCAGGUGUCGUUGCAUAGUAGAUGAGUUGAACUAUAUUCAAUAGUAUCUUACGCCGUCCAUGGUGUCUAAUUACUUAAUUAGGUUAUUUAUGAAUUUCUAACCCCCGGAGAGAGAGGCAAAAAAAAAGCUGCUAGAAAGUGAAAAUAGAUUGGCUUGUGAAGUUGAACAAGUGGCGCCAAUAAACUAAGCAGGUUUGGUUGCCAGGAAGUAUAGCAUUUGAACUCUUGUUCAACCUUCUAAAACAAGGUUAACAGAGAACUAAAAUCCCGUUUUUCAUUUGCAUCUCACUUGCAAUGCAAUGAUGAUCCCAAUUGUUUUUUUUUUCCUGGUAAACAUGAUUCCUAUUAAAUUCUCAUAUCCUCCCAAUCCAACCCAAGGUUUUUGAGAAAUCUUUCAAAUGUUUUCCCUCUGAGGUCCACAUUUUGCAGUGCCAGUGACAUUUUAAUUUGGUAGCUCGCUAUAUUGAAUCUACUUAUUUUAGGAUAUUUUAUCUGAAAUUCUUCUUGGCCGGCAUGCCAAGGACUUUGGAUUCAUUGGUUAAUCAUUACUUGCCUCGUCAAUUCUUUUCAUUUGUCUUGUUACCGCACAAAUAUAUCUAUUGAAUCCUAUAAAGACAUGAACAAUUGUAGUGCAUCUUGGAAUUGUACUUCAGAAGCAUCUAACUUGGCAUGCUAGGUGAAAAAAAAAUUAGAUCAUGGGUUCCCAGACAUUUCCCAAGCUUCCCACUAUAAGUUUCACUGCAGAAAACCUCAAGCCUGGCUCAAGUUCUUGGAUUGCAAGGGGCAAUGAUGUCCGGCAGGCGCUUGAAGAUUAUGGCUGCUUUGUGGCAGUGUAUGAUAAAGUUUCUUUAGACCUCGAUAACAAUGUCUUUUGUGCAUUACAAGAGUUAUUUGAUCUUCCCACAGAAACAAAAGAAAAAAACACUUCUGAACUACCUUUCUUUGGCUAUAUUGGGAAUGGGCCACUUACUCCUCUCUAUGAGAGCAUGGGCAUCUAUAAUGCAGCAACUCCUGAAGAAAUUCAAAGUUUCACAAAUCUCAUGUGGUCAGCUGGAAAUGACCUUUUCUGUGAACCUGUGUAUUCAUAUUCAAUGCUAGUAUCAGAAUUAGAACAAGUGGUGAAGAGAAUGGUAUUUGAAAGCUAUGGUGUAGGGAAGUACUAUACUCUCACAUUGGAUCAACCACUUACCUUCUUAGACUCAUAAAAUAUAGAGGUCCCAGAUGAAUGAAACUAAUAUUGGUAAGCACACGGAUAAGAGCUUCAUAACCAUUCUCCAUCAAAAUCAAGUUAAUGGCUUGGAAGUGAAAACAAAAGAUGGCGUGUGGAUUGGCUUUGAGCACAGGCCUUCAUCUUUCAUAGUAAUGGCAGGCGAUGCGAUUUUGGUAGGUGAUAUUUUUUACAUAUCAGGAAUUUCUAUCAACAAAUACCAACACUAUGAUAAUUAUUUAUUUAUUUAUUUUUUCUUGGUUGAUCUACCUUAACUUUCUCACUUUCAUUUGUUUUUAAUUAGCUUAUAUAUGAUUGUGCCUUUUUAAAAUUCACCUACUUAUAUCUGGAUUUGAAUGUUUC